GCUCAACUUAAAAAGACCAGAAAAAAAAAAAAAAAAACAAAUUGGGAUCGAAAGGGGAAAUUAGGGUUUGACAAUCGACAUGGAUACAAAAUCAAGCGAGGAAUCGUCGAUCGAGACGGAGCCAAUGGAAACUUCCACCGGCGUUGACACGUCCUUGCUAGGGAAGCGCAAGUUGGAGGAAACAGACGAUCAGGAGGAUUCCGGCGAAGAGGAAGUCGACGGAGAUGAGGAGGAGGAGGAAGGUAGUGAUCUCUAUUGGGAGAAGGAUAGUUUCGAUGGGCGGGAAUAUCAUCCCUCUGACGACAGCGAGUACUCAGACGAGGAUCUACAGGAAAGAGCACGUUAUUACAAUCGCACGGUCAUCGAAACCAAGGGUUUCUUUGAGUCAUCGGGUAAACUCCCCUUUUACACUUGGUCUGGAAUUGUUGUAGCCUCGCAUCGGGAUCUUGAAACGAAAAUGUAUGGAGGUAUCACGGGUCGGGAGUUCGUCGGGAACAUGGCAUGUGAAUGUGUUGAAAAACACAACCGAAGAAACAAUAAGAAUGUGAAAUUCGAGCAUUUAUUGAGGGCUAAUUUCGACCCAGGAGCCAAGACUAAGUACUACAUCACCUUUGCUGCAAGAGAAUCUGACUCUCCUGAUGCGCCUCCCGUGGAGUAUCAGGCUAAGGUGGUUUGGUCUGCAGGCAUUACUUAUCCCAUCUUUUGCAGACCCGCUCCACCAUCACCUAAACACUAAACAGGGUUAUAAAGAGUAACUGAAGCGAUGGAAGAGAGCACUUGAAUGAGGUAACCAAGUUGAUGGAAGGGAAGGAAGCAGUGAAAAGAGAUUCAACAAUGCUUCUUGUUUAUGUUCUACAUUUAAACUAUUUGCAUACUUCGUGGAUUUUAAAACUAUGUUUUAGUUUGUAUGUCAACCUCUACAUUUAAAUUAUUUGCAUAUUUCCUGGAUUUAAAACUAUGUUUUAGUUAUAUGUCAAGGAUAUCCUAUGAAAAUUUGUUUAGCGUUGGCUGGACUAA